UUCUAGGGGAUAGGUGCAUAAUCUAAUUUUACCGUCUUAUAUGAAUACCUUAACAUAAUGGUAAAAAGUUGUGCAAGAAGAGAGUAGAAAGUGAGCGAUACGUAAUAAAAAAUAUAUACGGAAAGGAAACAUAAACGAAAAUCGUAGAUACGUUCAAGGACCAGGAGAAGCAAAUCUGUUAAGUCGGAAACAUGCAUUUCACUAACCAGCAGCGCAUCGCACGUGGAAGAUAAACAUACGUUCGGAAUUACGAAAUUGUAGCGCGACCCUUCCGUCAAGGAUCAGUAAGCAAAGUGACGGCAGAAAGGUGGAGGAGGUUCGGAAGCAGCGGCGACGCCGGCGGCAAGAGGACGACGUAGACGACGACGCCGUGGCACGCGGAAAUAAUUCAACUGUUUCAUAGCCAUGAACCUCGCGCUGCAUGGAUUUUUAUUGCAGGUCAUUCUAUCUAUUCUAAACUUCAAACAUGGCUUCAGAUUGUGCAGCGCGGGGGAACCUGGCUAUUUGGACUUCGACAAUCUACCAGAAACGAACUUCUCAUGUCAGGGAAAAGUAAUUGGUGGAUAUUACGCGGACGUCGAGGCUGGUUGCCAAAUGUUUCACGUGUGCACAAUCGGACAAAAAGAUGAGAUAAUGGAUAUAAAGUUCCUCUGCUUGAAUGGGACAGUAUUCGACCAAGAAACUAGAGUUUGUGAGAGAGUCGAUGAGGUUGAUUGCAGCAAAAGCGAACGCUUCUAUAAUCUCAAUCUAGAACUUUAUGGAAAUAAUGCGGUAACACUUAGUCUACACGAGGAAGAUGAUGACGACAAUUCUCCGGAAUCUCGAGAUGAUCAUCAGCAACAGCAACAAACCCAAAAACAACAACACCUUAUGACUUCCACAAGACCAAGUACCACCAGUAGUACAUCGACUACCACGUCUCGAUCUAGUCAACCAUCAACGACCUUAGGGAACAAUGUCUAUCAACAUCCUACUGGAUAUCCACAGCAUUAUCAACCGCAACCUGCUUUCCCUUCAAUACAAACAAGUCAAUCGAACACACACUAUAAUGACAAAAAUGGUGGAUAUCAUCAUCAAUACAUCUUUCAUACUGACGAAAGAAAUAAUAAUAAUCAGGCGACUUCUUAUCAACUUUUUAGUAAUCAGGGUGUAAGUUCAACAAUGACAACUCCUCCCGUUCAUCAACAGAUUCGUUACAGUUCAACGGUAUCUCCACAAGUAAUUCAUAAUGAAUCACCGACGGUUAUGUCUAUUCAAUACCACGUACAGUCUACUUCGGCAACUAUUGAAACAUUAUUGAAUAAUAAUGCUAAUAAUCCAUCCUUGAUAAAUCCAUUAUUUCAUAGUCAUGGAAUUACUAGUACAACAGAACAAUAUAACAUUCAUAAUAAUAAUCCACGUGAAAUAACUACAUACCAUGAUAAUUCAUCUGAUGAUGACGAGGCUGAACAUAAUGAUAGAAGAGCCCUGGAGGCAGUACAAUCAAGUAAUAAGGGAAAGGUCUCAAAAUUAACGAUUUCUCCAGUUCCAGAAGAAGAUGGCCAUUCUUCAGUUAUUCAAACGAAAAGUGUCCAAACUCCACAACAGCAGAGAAUAUCUAUUAACUACCUCCCAACUCCGAGUUCAAUCCAAACAACAAUUAGUGACUUUUAUUUAACACAAAAUCCAACAUCACAAAAGUCUCAAAAUUCUCAAAUUAAUCAACAACUUCCUCAACACAUUCAUGUUCCACCAUCACCUUCAAUUCCUCAAUUAAAGCCUCAUCAAAUCACAAUAAAUUUGCCACCGCCAGAUAUCCAAAGAAUAGUUCAAAAUCCAUCACCACUUUUACCAUCGCAAUCACGAGUUAUAGUGACAGCAAAAGCGAGCGUAAGCGAUGAAUCUGGAAGACCGUUGAAUGCCAGUCAAUUAAUUACUCUUCCACUUCCGACAAUUCCAUCUAAUUACGAUGACUACAAAGAGGGUGACGAAUCAUUUGAUCCAUUUUAUCGCGAUGUUCCGAAAAUAAGAAAUGAUCGUAGAAUUAUUUUAGCUAGUAAACAUAAUACAAAUAAAAGACAUUUAAGAAAAAAACGAGCUGCUAGCGACGAUAAAAAUGAUGAAAACUAUCCAUCGGGAGAAAUGAAUGAUAAACAAAUUUCUACGGAUUCAACGCUUGGAAAUAAUAUUGAACAUGAAAUACCCGUUAAUCCUUUAAUUAAAAAUCAUAAUAAUAUUAUUUUAGAACCUGAAGCUAUCCUUCAAUUCUUUUCACAAACAAAUGAAGGAAAUAAUUCUCAAUUAGUUAAUUAUAAAUCUUCUAUUCCAAUUGAAUUAUUAAAGCCAUUAGAUAAAACUGUUGAUAUAAGUAAUAGUACUGGUAAAAUGCUACCGGAAGUAUUACAAACACAGUCUUUCCCAAUGGAAUCGAACAGAAGAAAAUAUCUAAAUAAUGAAUCAUCGGAAAAAUUUGACGAAUACUUACCUCGUAGAAAUAGUUAUAAUAAUAAGCCAAAAUCCACUAGAUAUUAUGAAGAAUAUGAUAUCGAUGAAAGGAUAGGAUUGAACUUAAGACCCAGAUCACAUAGAUCCAGACAAAGGCCAAAGGAUAGACGCAGAACGAAUUAUAGGCGUGAUUAUUUAGACGAAGAAUAUAACGAAUAUAACGAAUACCCUGAAGAUAAUGUCAACAGCCAUAAUAAUAAUAAUAGACCAAGAGCAGAUCCACGAGGUAGUAGAGUAUUAUAUCGAAAUCGUAAUCGAAAUAUUGAUUAUGAAGAUGAAUUGCAAGAAUACGAAAAAUUAAAACUAACCCCAAAAGCUUUAAAUUCUACAAUCCAAAUUGCCGAGAACUCUCACAAUGAACGCUCUUACGAAAGUUCAAAACAAAGACCAGAUAUAGAGAUAAGAAGCAAUCGAGGUAGACCGUCUCUUAUUUCAACCGAACAAAUUCAAAUUAAAGAGUUGGAUUCAAAAUUAAAACAAAUUGAUUUUCCAGUAAGAUUGAACCAAGAAAAUAAAAAUAUAAGAUAUUCAUUAAAUAAUAAACAAAAUGAUAAUAAUUACCCACUCAUGAAAAUCCAUUUAAAUAGUUCGAGAACGGAUAACAAAUCUGCAGAAAUACAGAAGGAUAAAGUCAACGAAGAUUAUAUAAGUAAAGAAGAACUGUAUUUAAAUGAAUACAAUGAGUCAGAAGAAGUUGAUGUCCCUGAUGAUUAUGUAGAUUAUGCAGAUUUUAUAGAUACAAUAAAAGAAACUGUUAUUGACAAUAGAAGAAAUAGAAAUAGACAUUCAUUUGACAACGAAUUUGAAGAAAUUCAGCAAAGAAAAUCAGAUCGUCAAAAUAAGAGUAGAAAAUUUAUUGAAGAAAAACAAACUUAUGAAGAUAGAAUUAAUAAUAAAUAUAUCGAAUUGACAUCACCACGAUACGAACUAAAAGAUAAAAUGACUAAUUCGGUCAUAGCAAAUAAAGUUUCUAGUGAAGCAAGCGUUUUUAAAGAAUACGAUGAUUACGAUGCAAUAAAAAUUAUAUCUACUACGGAGAAUAUAAAAAAUUUAGAAUUAUUUGUACAAGAAAAAUCAAGUACAGAAGGCAUUUUUAAAUUCACUGAUGAAUUACCGUUAGUAGAAAAAAAUGAAGAAGCGCAAAAAAAUUAUAAAGAAAAGUAUGAAAUAUCUACAAAUGAAGAAGAUUAUGUUGAUGAUAAUUACGAACCAGAAAGCUAUAUUUAUCCUCUUAUUCGCGAAUCUUCGCCAUCAUUACAUAAAUUCGAUGAAGAAUACAAUAAACACGUCUUUAUUGUAAAUGACCAGCCCACAAAUAUACAGACAAGUAAUAAGAAUAAAACUGUAAAUAAUUCUGAGAUAAGAGUAGAUAGUAAAAUUGAUGAGCAUGAAUUUGAAAAUACAACCGCCUCACUUAUUUCUGAAGAAUAUUAUGACGUAGAAAUUACAACGAAUAACUUUCAUGAUACAACCUCUAAUCCAAUUUCAACUUCAACGAGGGAAUCUAUCUUAUCUUCAGUAAACAAAUCAACUAUGAAUACACUGAUUCCUAUAACAACAAACCCACCCAUUCCUAUAUCUACGGUGACUACUACAAAUAUGCCUAAGCUUGCGACGAUACCGAUAACAGCUAAUACUACAUCUCAAACUACAAUUAAUUAUGCAAUGAUAAUACCCAUUACAAAUACGCUCGCACCUACAAUGACGACAACUUUUACAAGCAUGCGUGAUCCUACUCUGACCGACGUAAUGUCAUCUAUACAUGGUAUUACUUUAGCAGCAAGCAAAGCUGAAACGACAACUAGAAGUCCAAUAUUAGCAAUGAUUACUACAUUAACUACAAAGAAAACCAAAGUAACGACAAAGUUUUUCAAACCAAUUACAUACAGAAAAAACUACACAUACAUUCCACCAUCAACGACGCCAAAUUCAGUAGUAAUAAGACGUGGUCAUCCAUUAAGUGGUCCAAAGCCGACCAAAUCACCUCCAACAUACAACGAUCUAGCUCCAAAACCAAUUAUUCGAAGACUACCUUUACUAUCAAGAACUACAACAAGUACAUCCGAACCAACAGUAUUUGAAGAAGAAAUGGUAGAAUUACCAAAAUAUACGUUGGAACAGAGAGAUAAGAAUAUUAAUGAAAAUAAAAUUUCUAUCUAUAUCAAUAAAAAUAUAUCAUCAGUCCCCGAAACAAUAAAAAAUCACUCGAUUUCUGAUUCAUUACCUUUAACACAAUCAAAAAAGAAUGAAAUAUCAAAUAAAGAUUUCGAUUCUAAAAUCGUGAAUCUUAACGAAACGUUUAUUAGCAAAAAUUCCACAUUAUUAACAAAAUAUAAUGAAUCUAUUUUUAACGGAGAAUCAACAUUCAAUAAUGAAGUAGCAAAACUAAAUUCAGAAUUAAACUAUUCAAAUAACAUAACAAACAUUGCGACAGAUUUAGUAACCGAAACAGAAAGGACAAAAUCAAAAUCAUCAUUAACUAAUUCUAAUCAAAAUACAUUAAAAUUAGAUAGUACGACAAAAAAUAUAGACUCAACUACUCGCUUUAAAAUAUUCAAUAUUCAAACGACAACCUUAAGAAAUAUGAAACCUUCAGAACGUCGCAAAUUCGAGCUGACUUCUGAAAAAAUACAAAUGCAAAAAGGUAAUCAGAGUCCUAAACCAGCAGCAGGCUUUAAUUGCUUAGAAAAGGAAAUGUAUCGUUUCUAUGGCGAUGUGCGAGAUUGCCGUUUAUUUCAUUAUUGUUCACCAGGCUUCACGGCGAGGCAGGUCCUCGACUUUAGAUUCGUAUGUGAAGAAGGUACGACCUUUGACGAAGAAAGCCAAAGUUGUCGACAUGAUGUACCGAAUGCCAAGUGUGUAAAACGAAUUUGGUGAUCCGCAUUGG